UAAGUUUGAAUCUCUUGUCCGAGGAAAAAAGAGAGAGAAGAGAGAAAAGGAAGAUGAAUGACGCAGAUGUCUCCAAGCAGAUACAACAGAUGGUGAGGUUCAUUCGGCAGGAAGCCCAAGAGAAAGCUAAUGAGAUCUCCCUUUCUGCCGAGGAGGAAUUCAACAUUGAGAAAUUGCAAAUAGUUGAAGCUGAAAAGAAAAAGAUCAGACAGGACUACGAACGCAAGACCAAGCAGGUGGAAGUUCGUAAGAAGAUUGAGUACUCGAUGCAGCUAAAUGCAUCACGUAUCAAAGUUCUUCAGGCCCAAGAUGAUGUGGUCAGUGAAAUGAAAGAUGCUGCAAGUAGGGAGCUUCUUCGAGUUUCAGAUAACAAAAAUGCAUAUAAAGCUCUUCUCAAGGGCUUGAUUGUUCAGAGUUUACUACGGCUGAAGGAGCCAUCUAUAUUGUUGCGAUGUCGGGAGAUGGACGUAAGUCUUGUCAAUUCAGUUCUGGAGGAUGCAAAACGUGAAUAUGCUAAGAAAGCCAAAGUACAGGCCCCAAACAUUACAAUCGAUAAAGUAUACCUGCCACCACCUCCUAGCAGCAAACAGCCCCUUGGUCCCUCUUGCUCUGGAGGGGUAGUUUUGGCUUCACAAGACGGGAAGAUUGUAUGUGAGAACACCUUGGAUGCUCGACUAGAUGUCGUCUUUCGGCAGAAACUUCCUGAGAUUCGCAAGUGCCUGUGUGGAUAAGUGAGCAGGAGAUCAACUCUGGCUGCUGUAGUUGCGAUAAGUUAAAUGAUAACUCUUAAAAGUGAUAUGUAGCUGAGAUGAUUGGCUGACCAGCAGAUGUACAUUCUGGAUCAUCAUCUGCAGGGUUUUGUCGUUUGUGUCGAUCUGGUUUCAUGAUAAACUGGAUGUCUGAAUUUUUGAAUAAAUGAACUUGGUGUAAUACUUUUACCUAUUAACCUCGUUGGCAUAUUCACUUUUUCGAAUC